UCCGGCGCCCGCCUGCUUCGCCUUGCCCAUUUCAUGGAGAGGCGGCCGGCUGCGAGCGCCCCUGAAUCGCUCCCAGCUCCGGCGGCUGUGAUCCCGGGACCUGGCCGCUGCUGUUGCUGCUGCUGCUGCCGCCGAGGUCUCCAGGGGACAGGCUGGGCUUCCCGCCAGGCGCUUCCGAGUGCGCUCCUGGGCUGCUGAGCUCCUUCUCCAGCAACCGGUUACCUGGACUGCAAGGCAGAGCAGGAUCGGGCAGGUUGUGGUUGUGGCUUAAGCAACGGACCGGCCCCCUCUCUUCCACCCGCCCGCCCGCCCGUUUUGAUCUUGCGCGCUUUCUGCCCGGGCUUGAAAGGCAACGCGACGAUCCGUCCGGGGACUCGGAAAGAGAUGCCUCCCGCACCGCCGGGCUUCCCUCGGCUGCACUGAGAUCUCUGCGUGGCGCCCUCGAGGGCUGCUGGUUGGGAUCCGAGGCGCUUUUUUGGUGGGGUUCUCUUUUUCUCCCUCCUCCCCCCUCCCCACUUUUGCCCGGAGGAGAAGGCGAGCAUGCUGGGCGCAGGGAGAACGAGUUGGGGGCGCCUUGGGCUGCUCCUCUUGGGGAUGUGGAGCAUCGCGCUGUGGCAGCGGACCGAAGGAUGCCCGAGUAAAUGUACCUGCUCCGGAUCCAAUGUGGAUUGCCACGGACUGGGACUCAGAGCGGUGCCCCGAGGCAUUCCCAGGAAUGCGGAGAGACUUGACUUAGACAGAAACAACAUUACAAGGAUUACAAAGGUGGACUUUGCUGGGCUUAAGAAUCUUCGUGUUCUGCAUUUGGAAGAGAAUCUAAUUAGUGUAAUAGAACGUGGAGCAUUUCAGGAUCUAAAGCAACUCGAACGGCUGCGGCUGAACAGAAAUAAACUUCAAGUUCUUCCAGAGCUGCUUUUUCAGAACACGCUGAAGCUGACCAGACUGGACUUAAGUGAAAACCAGAUUCAAGGCAUCCCAAGAAAGGCUUUUCGAGGCAUUACCGAUGUGAAGAAUUUGCAACUGGACAACAAUCAGAUCAGCUGCAUUGAAGAUGGAGCCUUCCGAGCCCUGCGUGACUUGGAGAUUCUUACCCUCAAUAACAACAACAUCACCCGCAUUCCUCUCACCAGCUUCAACCAUAUGCCAAAGAUCAGGACCCUACGGCUUCAUUCCAAUUAUUUAUACUGCGACUGCCACCUGGCUUGGCUUUCUGAUUGGCUGCGUCAGAGGCGAUCAGUUGGGCAGUUCACGUUCUGCAUGGCACCUGUUCAUCUGAGAGGAUUUAAUGUUGCUGAUGUUCAGAAAAAAGAAUAUGUCUGCUCAGGUUCACAUGCUGAACCUCCAUCCUGCAAUGCCAAUUCCAUCAGUUGCCCAUCUGCUUGCACUUGUAGCAACAAUAUUGUGGACUGUCGAGGAAAGGGCUUAACGGAAAUCCCAGCCAACCUUCCGGAGAGUAUUGUGGAAAUACGCUUGGAGCAGAACUCUAUCAAAAACAUUCCUCCUGGAGCUUUCUCGCAAUAUAAGAAAUUAAAAAGAAUUGAUAUCAGCAAGAAUCAAAUAUCGGAUAUUGCAUCAGAUGCUUUUCAGGGCUUGAAAUCACUCACCUCGCUAGUGCUCUAUGGAAAUAAGAUCACAGAGAUUCCCAAGGGUCUUUUUGAUGGGCUCGUGUCUCUACAGUUGCUGCUUCUAAAUGCCAAUAAGAUCAACUGCCUGAGAGUAAACACCUUUCAAGAUUUGCAUAAUCUCAAUUUGCUGUCUCUCUAUGAUAAUAAGCUGCAGACAAUCAGCAAAGGACUUUUUGUCCCUCUCCAAACAAUUCAAACUCUGCAUUUAGCUCAGAAUCCAUUUGUGUGCGACUGCCAUUUGAAGUGGCUGGCUGAUUACCUGCAGGAUAAUCCAAUAGAAACCAGCGGCGCUCGAUGCAGCAGCCCACGUCGCCUUGCCAACAAACGAAUCAGCCAGAUCAAGAGCAAGAAGUUCCGUUGCUCAGGUUCAGAAGACUACAGGAGUAAGUUCAGUGGGGAGUGCUUCAUGGACCUUGUCUGUCCUGAAAAGUGCCGCUGCGAGGGAACAAUUGUAGACUGUUCUAAUCAAAAGCUCACUCGACUUCCCAGUCACCUUCCGGAAUAUACCACAGACCUGCGAUUACAUGAUAAUGACAUUUCUGUACUGGAAGCUACUGGAAUAUUCAAGAAACUCCCAAGCCUAAGGAAGAUAAACCUGAGUAACAACAAGAUCAAAGAGAUUCGUGAAGGCACUUUUGAUGGAGCAGCAGGGGUUCAGGAACUGAUGUUAACAGGGAAUCAGCUGGAAUCGGUGCAUGGGCGAAUAUUUAGAGGUCUCACAGGGCUCAAGACACUGAUGCUCAGAAGCAACAUAAUCAGUUGUGUGAACAAUGAUACAUUCACAGGAUUGAGCUCAGUGAGAUUACUUUCUCUGUAUGACAAUCGCAUCACUACAAUCACACCUGGAGCUUUCAAUACACUUGUUUCUUUAUCUACAAUUAAUUUGCUGUCUAAUCCAUUUAACUGCAACUGCCACUUGGCAUGGUUGGGGAAAUGGUUAAGGAAGAGGAGGAUCGUCAGUGGAAAUCCACGUUGCCAGAAACCAUUUUUCUUGAAGGAAAUUCCUAUUCAGGAUGUGGCUACACAGGACUUUACAUGUGACGGUAAUAUUGAAAGCAGCUGUCAUUUUUCACCCCGUUGUCCAGAACAAUGCACUUGUGUGGAUUCAGUAGUUCGCUGCAGUAACAAAGGGUUGCGUUUCCUGCCUAAAGGUGUCCCCAAAGAUGUGACAGAACUAUAUCUGGAAGGAAACCAUUUACCUGCUGUGCCAAAGGAACUCUCCAUGUUCAGACACUUGACACUAAUUGACUUAAGCAACAACAGCAUCAGCAUGCUGGCCAAUUACACCUUCAGUAAUAUGACACAGCUAUCAACACUGAUCCUGAGCUACAACAAGCUGAAGUGUAUCCCAGUCCAUGCGUUCAACGGGCUUAAGUCUCUCAGGGUGUUGACUCUUCAUGGCAAUGAUAUUUCCAGCGUUCCUGAAGGUUCUUUUAAUGAUCUCGUGUCACUUUCCCAUCUGGCACUUGGUACCAACCCUUUGCAUUGUGACUGCAACCUGCGCUGGCUUUCUGAAUGGGUGAAGGCAGGCUACAAAGAGCCAGGAAUUGCACGAUGCAGCAGUCCAGAUGACAUGACAGACAGGCUGUUGCUUACAACACCAACCCACCACUUUCAAUGCAAAGGAGUUGUCGAUAUCAGUAUUGUAUCCAAGUGUAACCCUUGCCUAUCCAAUCCAUGCAAAAAUAAUGGGACUUGCAGCAAUGACCCACUGGAUUUUUUUCGAUGUACUUGCCCGUUCGGUUACAAGGGUCGAGACUGCAGCACACCUAUCAAUGCCUGUAUUCAGAAUCCCUGCCAGAAUGGAGGCACUUGCCAUCUUUCAGACUCACAUCAAGAUGGAUUCAGUUGUUCCUGCCCUAUUGGAUUUGAGGGCGAAAAAUGUGAAAGUAAUCCAGAUGACUGUGAAGAUAAUGAUUGCGAGAACAACUCAACUUGUAUGGAUGGAGUAAACAAUUAUGCCUGCCUCUGCCUCCCUAAUUAUACAGGGGAGCUAUGUGAUGAGGUGAUCAACCAUUGUGUCCCAGAGCUAAAUCCUUGCAAACAUGACUCCAAAUGUAUCUCUUUUGACAAAGAAUACAGAUGUGAAUGCUUGCCUGGCUACAGUGGAAAACAUUGUGAAAUUGAUGAAGAUGACUGUGCGGGACACAAAUGCCGCCAUGGUGCAUUGUGUGUAGAUGCUGCCAAUGGGUACACCUGCAUUUGUCCUCAAGGAUUCAGUGGGCUUUUCUGUGAAAAUCCUCCGCCGAUGGUUCUGCUCCAGACAAGCCCUUGUGACUACUAUGAAUGCCAAAACGGAGCGCAGUGCAUUGUAGUGCACCAGGAACCCGUCUGUCGUUGCCUGGCUGGUUUUGCUGGCCAGAAGUGUGAGAAACUAAUUACCGUCAAUUUUGUUGGAAAGGAUUCCUACGUUGAACUUCCACAAGCCAAAAUCCGCCCUCAAGCAAACAUCUCCCUUCAAGUAGCAACAGAUAAAGACAAUGGCAUCUUAUUAUACAAAGGGGACAACGAUCCUCUGGCUUUAGAGUUGUAUCAAGGUCAUGUGAGACUUAUCUAUGACACGCUGAGCGCCCCACCCACAACUAUAUACAGUGUGGAAACAGUAAAUGAUGGGCAGUUUCACAGUGUGGAGUUGGUAAUGCUGAACCAAACACUGAAUUUGGUUGUGGAUAAAGGAGCUCCCAAGAGUCUUGGCAAAAUGCAGAAACAGCCUGUAGUUGACGAAGACACUCCACUCUACAUUGGAGGCAUCCCUACAUCCACGGGGCUGUCUUCGCUGCGGCAGGGCACAGAGAGGACAACCAGCGGUUUCCACGGGUGCAUUCAUGAUGUCCGCAUUAAUAAUGAACUGCAAGAUUUCAAAGAUCUACCACAUCAAUCAGUAGGGGUCCUUCCUGGUUGCAAGUCCUGUAACAUUUGCAAACAUGGCAUCUGUCGCUCUAUUGAGAAGACAAGUGUUGUCUGCGAGUGUCAUCCGGGCUGGACUGGAUCACUCUGUGACCAAGAAGUUAAAGAUCCCUGCCACAACAGCAAAUGUCUCCAUGGUAAAUGCAUAGCCACCACCUCUGCUUACACAUGUAAGUGUGUAGAAGGUUACAUGGGCAUGUAUUGCGACAGAAAGAACGAUUCCUCCAACUCCUGUAGAGGUCUGAAAUGUAGCCAUGGGCAGUGUAAGAUCUCAGCACAUGGGGAGCCCUCUUGUGAAUGUGAUCCAAAUUACAGUGGAGAGCGCUGUGAUAGAGCAGAGAAUCAGUGCCAAGGAGAGAUUAUCCGUGAAUUCAUUCGGAAGCAACAAGGUUCGAUUGCAUGCGUCUCCCUGGUCAAGGUGCCUCGUGUGGAAUGUCAUGGCAGUUGUGGGAAUGAUCAGUGCUGCAUUGCCCUCAGGAGCAAAAGGCGGAAAUAUGGCUUCCAGUGUGUGGAUGGCUCCUCCUUCACAGAAGAGCUAGAGAGGCAUGUGGAAUGUGGCUGUGCAAAGUGUUUAUAAACAGCUGAUCCACCUCUUUGCCCCUUUGUAUCGACUCAGAUGUGCUAUCAAAAACAGGACCUAUUUACUUUUAAGUGAAGAAGAGAAUAUUAAGUAUAUUGUAAAAUAAGCAAAAAAUAGAAGUUAUUUUUAUUAUGAAAAGUGACUAUUUUCAUCUUUUAUUAUAUAAAGUAUCUGACCGUUUUGGGUAUAUGUAUCAUAUAGUGAGUUAUUUUUACUAUGGAUUUUUUUUUUACAGAUGUAAAAAAGAAAAUUAGGAAAAAAAUAUUCCAAACCUAAACACAGGGAAUAAUAACAGAGUAUAGUUGAUAAGCUUUGCACGAUGGCCAGACGUGAAGGUAAUUAAGAGAUUGCCACAGAAAUCGCAAAACAAGUAUUUGAAAGGUUCUGGAUAGAUACACAUCUAGGAGCUAUAGCUCUCAGGGCCCCUUCCUAUCCAGGCAUGCUCAGUUAAUAUCCCUUUCGGUUGAUCAUGGACAUGUUGGUUGUGUUUAUCACUAUUGUGGAUCUGCUUGACUCCAUUGCCAAAAAAAAAAAGCACACCACAAUGCUGCCGUGGCUUGAGCCUUAUGCACAGAUAUUAUGCACAUAGUAAUGCAAUGGUGAUAGUAACAUGGUGUUUUGUCUUCUAUGUAUGAUUAAUUCCCACACUGUUGUUUUUGUAAUUUGUAGCAUGGCCACUCUUGCAAAAGCAAAAUUUGGGAAAUGAAGGCUUUUUUUUAAAAAAAGUAACAGAUGAAAAGUAAGCACUGUGUAACACCUCAGCAGCAGCAGACAAGAUAAUCCUGGUACUUGGCACAGCCUUUCCUGGCCAUCCAGCACAUGGAGCAGCAUUCCCUUGAGUCCCAUUCUGCAUGUGCAGACUAUUGCACAUUCUUAUGCAAGGGAGGGGCCAUAAGGAAAUCUCCUGUGGAGGUGGCAUCCUCUACCUCCAUAUGACUUUAUGUUUUAGUUUGCAAUGCAAAGGAUGCACUGAAAGAUGCCUUACCAGACUAUGACGAUCCUUUUUUUUUCAUCUCCACAUCCUUACUAUAGGAGUAUUUCACUUACUCCAAGGGUUCUGCCACAGUGCCAAUUAAGUACUUCUUUAGAUUCGAGUCAAGCCUACGUAGCCUGAAACAUCCCCAUGACAACUGAUUCAUACAGCAGUGUGUGGAAUUUCUCAACAUAUAGAUUGCAUCCAUACCACUGCCAGACAUUUUAAUGGAUUAGCAGUGGCCCACAUGGUAAGUCACUCUACAUGUUACAACUGUCAUGUGGAGUAGCCACUGUAAGGAGGCGCUUUUACACAGUUUUCACAAGGCCUUUGACAUUUUGUAUACCCACGUCUGGCUUAUUUUCUCAAGUCCCUUCCCCCUCCUUCCUCACUUGGAUGUGUAGUAAGGACAGCCUGUAAUUCCAAGGAAUCACUGAUGAGACAAAGUGGAAUAUUCAAAAGUGCCUGAGAGAGCUAGUACUCCACAUUCAAGUUUGAGCCUGAAACCUGACAAGAUCUCCUGAACUUAGGAUCAAGUCUCUUCACAGCAAAGGAUAUCCAUAUUUAUCAGGAACAAUGUUUGUCUUUAAAAACAACCAUGGGAGUGAAUCCCACUAAUGACCAGUGCAGCCUCUCCAAACAGAACAGAUUUGUAUCAUGCUACAAGCAUUUUACUCAUUUUUCAGAUUUCAGGAGUCUGAAAAUGCUUAAGAGUCUUUAUUAUAAUUGCAGUCUUCUGAAAGCCACAAUAGUUUGUUCAGAUUUCCUUAUAGAUUCUCAGGAUAAUUUCAGACAGGAGGGAAAUGACUGAUACAAUAGUUGCCUUUCAGAAUAAAUAGUAGUGCAUGGAGCCUGCAAUCAGUGAAACGUAAAACAAUCACUAGUUACUUUGCCAAGAACUGAUUGAAAUAAUACAGUUCAGGAGCUGGUGGGGAAGAAAAGGCCGCUAUGGAGAGUGGGGGUUGUCAUUUUGAGCACAAAAUGUGAUGCUAGAAGCAGCUGGAAUUUAUAAUGUAGAAAUGUACCACAGUCUGCAGAGACCAAAAGUUUGCAAAAGCAAAUGCAACAACACUCUCUUGUGUGAACAAGACUUUGGCACAAUCAUCCUUUUCUUAAUGAUUUAUUCUUUUUCAUGGCAUCUGUUAUCCAAGAAGCUAUUGCCUCUGUUGCUGAGAAUGGAAAUCCAGCCAGAAUAGCCCAUUCAUAGAGUUGUAAUGCUACCAAAGGCUAUACACUGCAAAGUAGGAAAAUAAUUGUACUGUAUUAAGAUAUAACAAAGUAAAGAAAGGAGGUACGAUUUUCAUAAGGGUCUUCUUUAAGUACACAAGUUUAGAAAGCCAUCAAUGUUUUGUGAAAUAAUUUCAAGAAUGUUUCCAAAAUUGACAGGCUGAGGAAGAACUAGCCACAGUAGAGUGAGGCUGGCAGUGUUCCAUCAGUACAUAUUUGGACUAUGUUGUGAUUUAGAAGAAAGGACACUUUAUUUGUUUUCUAGCAGUGGACAGUUUAUACUGUGCUGUGUUUCAACUGAUAUGAUAUGGAAUCUUUUGUUUUGUUUCUAAGUGCCAAAAGGUCUAUGAAGUUAGUUUUAAAAGUGUUAAUUAGAUCUCUUUAAACUGCCUAAAUGACGGUACGUUUUGGCUAUUGUAAAUGGAACACAGUAGCUUACUUUUAAAAAAUUAAUAUAAAUAAAGAUGCUAACCCUAUAAAAAUUGUACAUUGGCAAUGUGGGUUGCUAUGAAUUUUGUGUAUUUUACUAGAUUGUCCUAUUGUGAUGUAUUAAAUUUAAGUAAAUUGUUGGGUUAUGGACAAAUGUA